GGAGAGGAAGGUUAGUAAGGUUGAGGAUAACAAGUGGUGCCUACCAAGAUCCACAAAGCAGAAAGCUUUCGAGCUUCGAGCCGAGACCGAGACCACAAAAGAGGAAGGGUAGCUACCAUACCAUUUGGUAUUGAUCAGUAGUAUCACCAUGUUGGCAGCCAUCUCUCGCUUCGACAAGCUGCACGCGACAUCCGCCCAAUCACCAAGGCAAGAGAGCUUUAGCAAUUUGAGCGAUGGAAGAAAUGGCAGUAGUCAUAAUAAUUCUAUCAAGAAUGGCAAUAAUACGAAUAAGAGUCUCUCUCUAUUGAUUUUGGAUCUCCAUCGACUGUUGCAUUGCAUGGAAAGUGGAACUUCUCGUCCACCACAACAAGUAGUAGUAGUGGUGACAUGGCAAGCUCUGAGACAACGCAUGGAAUUAUUGCAGUCGCUGUGGCAACAAGUCCAACAAUCCUUUCAUGAAGAACAGAUGAAUGCCAGCGAGUCGUACAAUGCCAGUUUCGAACGACCUCCCCAAUGGUAUCAAGACUACGAGCGACGAGUUUAUCGUGCGACGCAAAAGGCACAAGAAAGAAUUCAGGCACUCCAACGAGAAGCGCGUAAGGAAGACGAUUCGAUGCUGGACGCUAGUUGUAAAAGUAUUGCGCAUCAACAGGUCCAGCCGGAUUUGAUUGAUCAAAUCUUUUUCUCGCAACCAGAGGAGCAAGCAGAACAACGGUCACAAGAGGAAGAAGAUCAAGAGACCACUGAAGAGGAAACACCCGUAGAACUGGAUUUGAUUGGACAACCGAUGCCAGCCACCCACAAUUCACAACAGGAUUUGGACCACAGUUCCAGCCAUCAUCAUCCUCAACGCCACAACAAUAAGAGCCACAACAAUUCAAACAACAACAACAACAACAAUAAUAAUACUAUGGAUAUCCAAGCCUUUCAACAAGCCCAACGAGACCAAAUUGAAGAAGCCAUUUCACUCAUGGCCAAACAAAUGAAGGAAGAAACAGCUCGCAUCCAUGACAAGUUAAAGUCACAAACACAAGAUUUGCUCGACAAUGUCGAAGAUGUCGUGACGGAAAAUGUGGACAAGGUCACCAAAGUGACAGAAGAUGUGACCUCGCAUGUCGAUAGUGGAUGGCAACGAACCUGGGGGACCCUGACGUUGCUCAUUCUCGUGGCAUCCUUGUUCUUGUUCUCGCUCGUAACAAUCUACAUGAUUCCCAAAUACAAGAAUACGAGUGCAACCUCGACACCCUCCAAGCUGUGUCGCAUGGUGAAUGGAAAACAGGAAUGCAUCGAUGUCAAUGCCUGGUUGACGGGACAAAUGAACGAGGAAAAGCAAGAAGAAGAAGAAGAACAAGUACGUGACGACGAUUAUUUGGACGAUUAUCAGGAACAACAACAAGAAGAAUGUGAACUGAACAUGGAUGGCACCUGUGUUGUUGAAGAAGAUGUAGCUGAUGAAACGGAACGAUUGCAAGAAAUGAUGCGACAACAACGAGAGCAAGAACAAGCCGAGCGGGAGCGAGAACGACAGCAGCGCGAAGAACAGAGACGUUUGGAUGAAGAAUUUCGAAAACAGCGACAACACGAAAUGGAAGAAAAACGGCGUCACGAGGAGGAGGAAAGGCGGCAAAGGGAGGAAGAAGAAGAACGACAAAAGGCGGAACGCGAAGAGCAAGCUCGACGACAACAAGAAACCGAGAGGUUGCAACGAGAGGAAGAAGAAAGACAGAAAGCCGAGGCAGAGCGAAUUAGAUUAGAAGAGGAAGAGGCCAGAGUGGAGGCAGCAAGGCAAGAAGAAGAACGUCAAAAUGCUGAAGCUGCAGCAAUGGCAGAAGCAGAAGAAGAACGGCUACAACGGGAGCAAGAAGAGGAACGGCUAAGAUUAGAGGAGGAGGAAAGGGCGGAAGCAUUAAGGUUGCAAGAAGUGGAAGCAGCUGAGCGGCUCAGACUUGAAGAGGCGCAGCGACUGCACGAAUCUCAACAACACGACGUCGAUCACAAUCCAGACGGUGAUAUGACUGACGAAGAGGAUCUCGAGCGAAGGAGGCAACAAGCGCGAGAAUGGAGAAACCAAGAAGACAGCGACGAUGAAAGCGAGAGUGCGUCGGAAAAUGACAUGGACGAAGAAGAACGAUUGAUCGAGGAGGAGCUGAGACGCAUGGAAGAGGAGGAGGGUCAAGCACACAUGGGAGAAGAUCAACAGCAGCAAGAACAAGAUACUGAUGAGGAGUGGGAGCUGGAAAAACAACGGUUGCUCAAGGAGCGAGAGGACAGACAUAAGCUGCAUCUUUUACGACAAAUGCAGCAACAAGAGGGCGGUGAAGGAGAUAUGGAACAAAUGAUGGCAGAACGAGAAAGGCUGAAGCAAGAAAGAGAAGAUCAACUAAAGCGUCUUGACGAAGCCCGAGACAGAGAAUUGAAGCAACUUGAAGAGCAACGCCGACUGCGCGAAAUGCAGGAAGCUGAGAGCACCGAUGAAGGAGAACAACAACAAGAACAACCUGAGGAGGAAAUCUCCGAAGAAGAGCGUCAAAAGCGAGAAUUCUGGGCACGACAGAAGGCGAAGCAAGAGGAAGCACAAAAGCGGCAACAAAUGGAGCAAGAACGACGACUCGAGCAACAACGCGCCGCGGAAGAGGCGGAACGGGAAAGAGAACGCGAACGGCAACGCGCCGAAGAAAUGGAGCGGGCGGCCGAGCUGGAACGACAACGAGCAGAGGUUGCGAAUUCUAAAGGUUUCGGGUCUUUUAAUGCAGGUGAAUCAGCAUUUGUUGAACCGAAAGGGUUCGAAACGUUUGGCGAAGAUGCACUGUACAGACCUCGAGGCUUUCGAGAUAUUGACAAGAGAGGAGGCGCUGGCGGCGGCGGCGGCGGCGGCUUUGGAGGGGCGAAUCUACCCAUGGGCUUUGGUAGUUUUGGCAAAGAGGAUACCAUGCCAAAGGGGGUAGUUGGUGGAGGUGGAGGUGCAUUUGGGGGCAAAGAAGGAGGAGCUGGUGGCGGUGGUGGUGAGGCCGAUCCCGGCAGUAGGCCAUUCCGUGGCAAACCCUUUGCACCUCGAGAUAUCAGGAAAGCAGCAGCCUCAAAUGAUUACGAGGCUCUUAGAGACUACAUCGAGGAAAGACCCGAGUGGAUUGACAAAGCAGACAAAAACUUUUGGUCGUCCUUGCACUUGGCAGUACGAGCUGGGAACAUGGAGUCGGUGGAAGUUUUGCUCCAGGCAGGGGCCCCAGUUAAUGAAAGAACUAUUCAGGGGGUAACACCUCUGGGAGUCGCUCUCGACCGAUUGGGAGAUCAGCAUCCGAUGAUUCAAUUGCUCCAGAAUCACGGAGCGGAGCAGUAAAGAAAAGAAAAGAACUAUCCAAGAAUCUAUUAGUGAUUUUACAGACAGUAGUAAUGGGUGUGUAAUGCGGGGAAGGAAGAGUGAGUGGGGGCAAUGCCUGUCUUCGAGUAGCGAGCUAGAGUUUGCAUUCUACUUCGGGCGUGUCUGGGGCAUCAUCAAACUCAACCGCGACGACAACAAUGGCCGACAACAGCAUUAUCAGAGAAUGCAGGGCAGCCAUUGACACUGCAACAGCUGUGAAGUUGAGGGCGCCUUCUGGCUCCUUGUAGAAAGAAGUGAGUGAUGCCACAGCAGCCUUUGAUGGAGGUUGUGUAGCGGCAAAUAUUGGGUCGGGUGUGGAUGGUGCCGCAGUGGGGUACUCGUCGACGAUCAUGGCUUGAACCGUGUGGACGCCGCUGAAGAAAGUAUCUCGAUUCCAGAGAUAGUCACGAACAAGUGUCUCGGAUGAUGUAGCAAAACUGGACAAGAUGUUCCUCUGGUAUUCUUCCGAUGUUGUAGUGGUGUAUCCGUCAGCAAACCAAUCAACUUCCGCUGGCCCCCCUUGCAAGAACGUCACGUAUACUUGCAAUGUCGCUGCAAAGUCUGGAUUCACUAUGAGAACGUUGCCUUCAUGAUCAAACCCAUGGAACAGCCGCUGCUUUGUGAUAACUACUUGAGAGUCCAAGAUGUUGCCUGUUGGAGUAGAUGCCGACAAGAAUCGGAGCACAGAGUCUGAGAAGCUCUCCUGUGCUGAUGGAUCCAUCUCCGCAUCAAUUGCUCCGGUCAGAAAGACCGCAAGGCCGUGGGUGGAAACCCAAAGGGGCGCCUCAUAGGUCAACUGCAAGUUUUCAACAAACACGGGAUAUUCCUCGUUCUGGAUGUAUGAUUGGAUGGCCUCGCCAAGUACAGAUUGCAAAAGACUAUUCCGAUCGGAGGACAUUGCAGGGGCAUCUAGCAAUUCCAACAUAGAAAUGGUUGCCUCCAUGUUGGCGCAGUAGUGCUUGGUGCCUUUUGCGGCACCGGUACUGUUGCCUUGUUGCCGAAACAAGUCAUUACAGAUUUCUGUAGCACACGAGACACCAAUAAGACAAGUAAAUGAGAAACUCCCAAAGAAUCAAACGCUGUGGACAGGUCGAUGAUCAUCCCAAACACAGAUUUACCAUUCACUCUUGACUUUGAGCGGACAACAACAGUAUCCUUAAGAGCAACUAGUGCCUCGUUGUUCUCCGCAACAUCUUUGAUUGCCUUGACGGCACGUUUCUGCAAGAGAAUGUCUACAAAGGUAAUCGUACGUCGAAUCAGAUUCCAAGUGAUCCCAGCCGAAUCGGCAAACUCCAGCCUGAAGGCAACUGUAAAUGAUGCCGUUUCGGAUGCCAUGACAAAACAAGUAGCCGUAGAAACGGAUUCGGCUGGUGCGGUACAACAAUCCAGACCCAACGAAACUAUGACAUUGUCCUGAAGUCGAAGAGAGCUAGCUAGGUUUGAAAUCUCUUUUGAUGUGUUCCAUUCAACGACUUGACGCACAGACAGUUUCUUAGGAUGGAGCUCAUCACCCUUUCGCACCUCUCUGGGCGUGGCUACCAAAUCGAAUCUAAUUUGAAGUUAUCGGCGUGCUCUUCCUGUCCAACAACGUAAACAGUGUUAAUGAACGAGAUGAUGAAUGAUCCAUUACAACUACUAGUACAUGUAUUAUUUGCACGGUGCUACCAGGUUGUAGUCCUUUAGUCACCACCAUCACAAGCCAGAACGACUUUCUUAUUGGCACUGUCCCACGCAUAGCCACCCACAGUCUCUCCAUUCAAGAGAUUUCGGGAGACGUAACACUUUGUGAUGAGCAUGUUUCCAUCAAGUUGAUUGGGGUGGAGAGGUGUCUCCGCAUUCCGACGCCACACAAUCCAACGAGGACAGCAGAGAUCUGGUUCAUUCUCCUUCAUUGCUUCUUGAUACGUACACAGCAAGCAGCAUGGAGGCUGAAGAAAUCCCAAUCGAGCGUAGAAGGACAUUUCGACAAACAAUUCCCGAACCUCGUCUUCGGAAAGAACGUUGUUGCCAUACACAUCUUUGGGCUCCAUGAUCAAAGGGAGACUGUCAUUGUCGUUGUCAUUGUUCUUGGACGUGUUGUUCUUGGUAGUGUGGGUUUUGUUUUCUUGUUCACCAAGAAUUUGCGGCUCUUCAGCUUGCUUCUGCUGUUGUUUUAGCUGUUGCUCUUUCUUUUGUUGCCAGCCUUGAGCCAGCUUGCGAGCAUCGACCGACGUUGUCGAGUGCGAGUUCUCGGUGAUGGAAGAUGUCGGAGAAAUAAGGUCACACUCCUCAUUAGAAGCGCCACUGCUCACCAGGAGACUUUCGCGGUUCACCAUCCAUUGAUCUGAGCCUAUGCUGCUGCGGCGUUUGGGUUGGAACUUGACGGUGGUGUCCUUGAAAUUCAUGGUUCUGUUGUUCAAUCCUCAAAUAUAUAAACAAGGCAGCAACAAUAACCUUGACAUCUUCUGGCUUCCGUUGGAGCACUCUUGGACUUGCAGCAACGUUGAUGAGCAUUUGAAGCAAAAAAUGAGAGAAAUUAACGUAUCUCAGAAGGGGGAGAGUCGUUAAAUCUUCUCUUGGCCAUAUCCACACUCAGGUUUUUACAAGGAA